GUAGUUUUCUGUGUGCGCUGGCGCCGCGUCGUUGGCGGAGCCCAUGGCCGGGGCUGGAGGGAAGGGCGGUCUUUCAGUGUGUCCGCGUCUGGCCUGUUAGUCCCGGUUCCCAGGCCGCGCUGGACUGAGGCCCAGAGAGGCUUUGCCGUAGGGAUUCUGGAGGAGAGCAGCGCUGUGUCCCAGGCACAGGCUCGCAUCGACCGCCAGGCGUGGCUGAGACCCUGGGACCUUCGGAGUGGUGUUUUCGCACAGACCCGAAUCAGCCUGCCCCUCAGCGACGCGCUCAGCCCUCCUGAGAACAGGCUGACAUGCCCAAGAUAGUCCUGAAUGGUGUGACCGUAGACUUCCCUUUCCAGCCCUACAAAUGCCAGCAGGAGUACAUGGCCAAGGUCCUGGAAUGUCUGCAGAAGAAGGUGAAUGGCAUCCUGGAGAGCCCCACAGGCACAGGGAAGACGCUGUGCCUCCUGUGCACCACGCUGGCCUGGCGAGAACACCUCCGAGACACCAUCUCUGCCCGCAAGAUUGCCGAGAGGAUGCAAGGGGAGCUUUUCUCAGAUCGGGCCUUGUCAUCCUGGGGCAGUGCUGCUGCUGCUGAUGGAGACCCCAUAGCUUGCUACACGGACAUCCCAAAGAUCAUUUACGCCUCCAGGACCCACUCGCAACUCACCCAGGUCAUCAGCGAGCUUCGGAACACCUCCUACCGGCCUAAGGUGUGUGUGCUGGGCUCCCGGGAGCAGCUGUGCAUCCACCCUGAAGUGAAGAAGCAGGAGAGUAACCACAUGCAGAUCCACUUGUGUCGAAAGAAGGUUGCAAGUCGCUCCUGUCAUUUCUACAACAACGUGGAAGAGAAGAGCCUGGAGCAGGAGCUGGCCAGCCCCAUCCUGGACAUCGAGGACUUGGUCAAGAGCGGAAGCAGGCACAGGGUGUGUCCUUACUACCUGUCCCGGAACCUGAAGCAGCAGGCCGACAUCAUCUUCAUGCCGUACAAUUACUUGUUGGAUGCCAAGAGCCGCCGAGCCCACAGCAUUGACCUGAAGGGAACGGUCGUGAUCUUUGAUGAAGCUCACAACGUGGAGAAGAUGUGUGAAGAAUCGGCAUCAUUUGACCUGACCCCCCAUGACCUGGCUUCAGGACUGGACGUCAUAGACCGGGUGCUGGAGGAGCAAACCAAGGCAGCGCAGCAGGGCGAUCCCCCCCCGGAGUUCAGCGCAGACACCCCCAGCUCAGGACUGAACAUGGAGCUGGAAGACAUUGCAAAGCUGAAGAUGAUUCUGCUUCGCCUGGAGGGGGCCAUCGAUGCCAUUGAGCUGCCUGGAGACAACAGUGGAGUCACCAAGCCAGGGAGCUACAUCUUUGAGCUGUUUGCUGAAGCCCAGCUCACGUUUCAGACCAAGGGCUGCAUCCUGGACUCGCUGGACCAGAUCAUCCAGCACCUGGCAGGACGUGCUGGAGUGUUCACCAACACAGCUGGACUGCAGAAGCUGGCGGACAUCAUCCAGAUCGUGUUCAGUGUGGACCCCUCUGAGGGCGGCCCUGGUUUCCUGGAGGGGCUGGGGGCCUUACGGUCCUAUAAGGUACACAUCCAUCCUGAUGCCGGUCACCGGAGGGCAGCUCAGCGGUCUGACGCCUGGAGCACCACUGCAGCCAGAAAGCCAGGGAAGGUGCUGAGCUACUGGUGCUUCAGUCCUGGCCACAGCAUGCGCGAGCUGGUCCGCCAGGGCGUCCGUGCCCUCAUCCUCACCAGCGGCACGCUGGCCCCGGUGUCCUCCUUUGCCCUGGAGAUGCAGAUCCCUUUCCCAGUCUGCCUGGAGAACCCACACAUCAUUGACAAGCACCAGAUCUGGGUAGGGGUCGUUCCCAGAGGCCCGGACGGAGCCCAGUUGAGCUCUGCGUUUGACAGGCGGUUUUCUGAGGAGUGCUUGUCCUCCCUGGGGAAGGCUCUGGGCAACAUCGCCCGCGUGGUCCCCUGCGGGCUCCUCGUCUUCUUCCCUUCUUAUCCCGUCAUGGAAAAAAGCCUGGAGUUCUGGCGGGCCCGAGACUUGGCCAGGAAGAUAGAGGCACUGAAGCCACUGUUUGUGGAACCCAGGAGCAAAGUCAGCUUCUCUGAGACCAUUAGUGCUUACUACGAGAGGGUCACCGCUCCCGGGUCCACCGGCGCCGCCUUCCUGGCUGUGUGCCGGGGCAAGGCCAGCGAGGGGCUGGACUUCUCAGACACGAAUGGCCGUGGUGUGAUCAUCACGGGCCUCCCAUACCCCCCGCGCAUGGAUCCCCGGGUUGUCCUCAAGAUGCAGUUCCUGGAUGAGAUGAAGGGCCAGGGUGGGGCUGGGGGCCAGUUUCUCUCUGGGCAGGAAUGGUACCGGCAGCAGGCGUCCAGGGCUGUGAACCAGGCCAUCGGGCGAGUGAUCCGGCACCGCCAGGACUACGGGGCUGUCUUCCUCUGUGACCACAGGUUCGCCUUUGCCGAUGCCAGAGCCCAGCUGCCCUCCUGGGUACGCCCCCAUGUCAGGGUGUACGACAACUUUGGCCACGUCAUCCGAGACGUGGUCCAGUUCUUCCGUGUUGCUGAGCGAACUAUGCCAGCACCGGCCCCCCGGGCUGCAGCAUCCAGCUUGAGUGAGAAAGAAGAUGCUGUCAGGGUGGCCAAGUCGCCUGGCGCCCUCCUUUCCACCAGGAAAGCUAAGAGUCUGGACCUGCAUGUCCCCAGCCUGAAGCAGAAGCCCUCCGGGUCGCCAACUGUUGAGGACCCGGAGGGCAGCCUGUGUGUGGAGUAUGAGCAGGAGUCUGUCCCUGCCGGGCAGAGGCCCAAAGGGCUGCUGGCUGCCCUGGAGCACAGCGAGCAGCAGGCUGGGGGCCCCGGCGAGGAGCAGGCCCACAGGCACUCCACCCUGUCCCUCCCACCUGAGAAGAGGCUGGCAGAGGAGCCACGAGCAGGGAGGAGGAAGAUCCGGCUGGUCAGCCACCCGGAGGAGCCCGUGGCUGGUCCACAGGUGGACAGGGCCAAGCUCUUCAUGGUGGCUGUGAAGCAGGAGCUGAGCCAGGCCAACUUUGCCACUUUCACCCAGGCCCUGCAGGACUACAAGGGCUCCGAUGACUUCACUGCCCUGGUGGCCUGUCUCCGCCCCCUCUUUGCUGAGGACCCCAAGAAGCACAGCCUGCUCCAAGGUUUCUACCAGUUUGUGAGGCCCCACCACAAGCAGCAGUUUGAGGAGGUUUGCAUCCAGCUAACAGGACGAAGCUGUGGCUAUCGGCCUGAGCACAGCAUUCCCCGAAGGCAGCAGGCACAGCCAGCUCUGGACCCCACUGGAAGGAUGGCACCGGAUCCCAAGCUGACCCUGUCCAAGGCUGCGGCCCAGCAGCUGGACCCCAGAGAGCACCUGAACCAGGGCGGGCCCCACCUGACCCCCACGCCACCCCCCAAAGGGGACCCUGACAGCCACCCACAGUGGGGGUCUGGAGCACGCAGAGCAGGGAAGCAGGGCCAGCGCGCCGUGAGUGCCUACCUGGCAGAUGCCCGCCAGGCCCUGGGGUCUGCAGGCUGUAGCCAGCUCCUGGCAGCGCUGAGAGCCUACAAGCAGGAUGACGACCUGGACAAGGUGCUGGCCGUGCUGGCUGCCCUGACCACCGAGAGGCCUGAGGACUUCCCCCUGCUGCAGAGGUUCAGCAUGUUCGUGCGUCCACACCACAAGCAGCACUUCUUGCAGACGUGCACAGACCUGACUGGCUGGCCCCACAGGGAUACAGAGCUGCCGGGACCCCAGGAGGAGAGCCGUGGCAUGCCUCCUGUGCUCGCUCACCGGACUCGCCGACCAGGCCCCUCAUGGCCAGAGAAGGCCGGGAAGACGCAGAGCAAGAUCUCGUCCUUCCUUAGACAGAGGCCGGCGGGGGCUGUGGAGGCGGACGGUUCAGCGGCAGGGCCCAGCCAGUCCUCCAGACCUCCCCACGGGCCUGCAGCAUCUGAGUGGGGGCGGAGGACGUGGUGCCCUUCCGGUGCCCUGCCUGUGACUUCCAGCGCUGCCAGGCCUGUUGGCAACGGCACCUUCAGGCCUCUAGAACGUGCCCAGCCUGCCACAACGCCUGCAGGAGGCAGAGCAUCAUGCAGGUCUUCUGGCCGGAGCCCCACGAGGACCAUGAGGGCACUGGAGGGGCCAGGCCUGUCCCUGCUGUGCUCGGCAUGGGUGCUGCCCACCCUGCUGUUGGUGAUGGCCACACGAGGAGCGGCAGAAGCACCCACCUACCCCCGGCGAGACCCAGAGACAGGAGAGUGGCUGGAGUGCGCCCAGUGCCCCCCAGGCACCUUUGUGCAGCACCCGUGCCGCCGAGACAGCCCCACAAUGUGUGGCCCCUGUCCACCGCGCCACUACACACAGUUCUGGAACUACCUGGAGCGCUGCCGCUACUGUAACGUCCUCUGCGGGGAGCGAGAGGAGGAGGCGAGGCCCUGCCAAGCCACCCACAACCGCGUCUGCCGCUGCCGAGCCGGCUUCUUCGCACACGCUGGUUUCUGCCUGGAGCACACGCCGUGUCCACCUGGCGCCGGCGUGACUGCCCUGGGCACCCCCAGCCAGAAUACACAGUGCCAGCUAUGCCCCCCAGGCACCUUCUCAGCCAGCAGUUCCAGCUCAGAGCAGUGCCAACCCCACCGAAACUGCACGGCCCUGGGCCUGGCCCUCACUGUGCCGGGCUCCUCCACCCAUGACACCCUGUGCACCAGCUGCACCAGCUUCCCCCUCAGUACCACGUUACCAGGUGGGCCGGGUGAGCCAGGAACGGAGGAGUGCGAGCGCGCCCUUAUUGACUUCGUGACUUUCCAGGAUGUCUCCAUCAAGAAGCUGCAGCGGCUGCAGCAGGCCCUCGAGGGCCUUGGGGGCUGGGGUCCCGCACCAAGGGCGGGCCGAGUGGCCUUGCGGCUGAAGCUGCAGCAGCGGCUCAAGGAGCUCCUGGAGGUGGGGGACGGAACGCUGCUGGUGCGGCUGCUGCGGGCGCUGCGCGUGGCCAGACUGCCCGGGCUGGAGCGGAACAUCCGUGAGCGCUUCCUCCCCGCACACUGAGCCUGGCCCCCUUGCCCCCCUUAUUUAUUGUACA